UCUAGUCAUUGAGUUUGAGACACUGUUUUAGACAGGGAGUGAGGGAGAGAUCAGAUAGGCCAUCAUAGGGCAUCCUAGGCCGAUAGGUUUCAAUGGAAAACCAAAGAGGCGCCUUUAAAAAAAAUGAAAGAGGACGAGGAAGAGGUGGUAGAGGAUCUAAGCAAAGUUUCAAAGCCUCCAAUUACAGAUAUUUUGGUUUUGGACCAUCUGGCGUUCUCAAUGGCUUAGUCGUGCAGCCCUCCAAUAGGCGCCAAGGGUACACUUCUCACAUAGACAGGGGAAGAUACUCUAGAGAAGCAGAAAAUAUAGCUGAAUCCUUUCCUGCAGCGCAGGCAUCUCAAUCAGAUGCAGCAAACAAGGACAGAGAUUUGAUUGAGGCAGCAGCUAAUGGAAAUGUGGCUAGUUUUUCUGCUGUUCUAAAGCAGUGUGUUAAUUGUACCAGCCAAAAUGGUUUAGAUCUUGCUUUGCUUGAGGCGACAAAAAGAGGCUAUAAAAGUAUUGUUCAACAACUGAUACGUGCCGGAGCUAGGACCUGCGGUUUAGAUGAACAAGGAUAUACGCCAUUAAUGAUAGCCUCGGAGAAGGGUUAUCUCGACAUAGCCACAGCAUUGCUGAAGAAAAGUGCCAACGUUUCUGCUGUAAGCUUCAAUGGUCAGACCUCACUUCAUGUAGCACUUCAGCCGUGUGGGGCUUCAGACAUGCUUUCCUUGCUGUUGUAUCAUGGGGCAGAUGUGAACGUUGGGUGUGGAGAGGGGAGCACUCCUCUAAUGCGAGCGCUGGAACUGCAGGACUUGGACGCCAUCAAGAUUUUAAUUGAUGCUGGCGCCAAGCUAGAUAGAUACAAAAACAAGCGCGGAGAGACGGCGUGGGAUGUGGCGAAAAGACUGGAUCUACAUCAGGUGUUGUCCUUUAUGAAUGAUGAAGUACAUAUGAGCAAGAAGAACUACAACAAACAAAGCGCCCUCAUGAGAGCUGCUGCCAGCUGUAAUCUUGAGGCCUUCAAACUUCUGUUAGAUUGCAGCUACACAGAGGUCAACAAAACCAACAAAGAAGGCAGCACGCUCAUGCAGAUAGUCAAGACAUUGUGCAGACAAACUGGUAACAACAGAGACAGUCCUGGCACUUCCAAACGAUUUGAAAUGAUCAAAUUGUUGCUUCAGAAUGGCGCCAAAGCGGACGAUUGCUCAACUAAGGAAGGGAAUGCGUUGAUUCUAGCGGUCAAAUCUGGUCAGAACGAGCUGGUUCAGUUACUUUGCAUGAGUCAAAUCAAAUUGAAUUAUCUAGUGAACGAUAAGACAGCCUUGAUGAUAGCUGCGGAGAAAGGACAUGUUGAUAUAGUGAACACACUGCUGAAUGCUGGUGCAGAUUACAAGCUGAAGAAUAGUAAGCAAGAAGACGCAUUGUUAAUUGCUUUCAAAUAUGGCCAGGUUAAUUGUGCUAAACUUCUUCUCCAGAAGAGGGCAAACCUGAAUGUUGUCAAAGCUGCCAUUGUUUCCAUUGACAAUAACAGAGUCUCGUCAUUGCAGUAUCUGUUGACACAUCAUGAGCUGGAUGUCAAUACCAAAUGCUUACUUCACAGAGCCAUACAACAGAAUAAUGCGGCCGUAGUCAAACUUCUUAUUGACAAAGGUGCUGACGUCAACCAGUUGAAUGACAGCAUGGACUCACCCCUACAGCUGGCCUGCAACAAGGAUGUUUCCUGCGUAGAACUUCUGAUAAAAAAUGGGGCAGAUGUUAAUCUAGGCCAUCCAUUGUCUGGGCCCCCUAUCAUUAGAGCAGUACCCAAUGUGGCAAAAGUGCUUUUACAACAUGGGGCAGACGUGAAUAAGGCUUCUGCCUCUGGGGAAACUGCUUUGAUGCAGGCCUGCGGUUGCUUUGGGAACACAUACGACAUGGUUAAACUGUUACUGGAUGCUGGUGCAGAUGUCAAUUUGAUGUCAGACAAAGGUGACACUUGUCUUCAUUAUGCCGUCAGUACAGAAAACAUUGGCAAUAUUAAAUUGCUUCUGGAGUAUGGUGCCGAUGUAAAUGCUGUGACCAACUCCGGGGAUACCCCGUUUCUUCUGGCAGCAGAAGUUGGCAACGUUGAGAUUUUGCAACUCUUUUUAGACAAGGGAGCUAAAGUAGAUGUCUAUGACUCCCAAGGCUGCAAUGCUCUACUAAGAGCCAUCAAAAUGUGCGAUGUUAGCACCGAAGUGGUCCGGCUCUUAGCAUUCGAUAAAGAGCAUCUCAAUAAGCAAAGUAACAGGGGCUACACCCCACUGAUGUUAGCAGCUGAAAUGGUGAAUUAUGAGCUGAUGAAAACUUUAUUAGAACUUGGAGCGGAUGUUCAUGUUGUUAACAAAGAGGAACCCAGAAAGAACGACAUCACCGCCCUGUCCAUCUUGUUAGAUAGCUCUCAGAUAUUUAAAGACAGUGACAUUAAAUGUAUUGAAGAGCUGCUCAAGUAUGGAGCUAUGUCCAGUUUGCCGAAACGUUGCCUUUCAGUGUUUCACAAAAUGAUAGUGUUGGACAAAAGAAGGCUGGUGCAGCUUUUUGUCACCCAUGGGAUGUCCCCGUGUAAUGUGGAUCUUCAGCCCAUUUCGUUCAGGAUGGGUGCGUUUUUUGAAAUGCAGAUGCUGCGUUACAGCAUGAACGCUGCGUCCCCUCUGAGUGCGGCAUUGGCCUCUGGCAACUCUCAUAUAGCCAGGUAUUUGGCGGGGAAUUGGUUUCUCACUGCUUCAGACCUAACCGUGUUUUCACAGUGCAGCAAACUGAGAGAUUUUUUAGAGUCCAUCAGCAUGCAGGAUUGUGUGGACUUCUUGGAAGAGUUCACUUCUCAACCCCUGUCUUUGAUGAAGCUGAGUUUUGUGGCAGCAUCUGCUGCCAUUGGUUCACCGCCUGGCAGACAGGAGAGAAUCAUGCAGCUGCCGAUCCCGUCUGUCAUCAAGGAUAAGUUGUUGUUCAAGAACGAGGAAGUUCCCAUGGAUUAUGGGACAGAUGCUUCACACAAUCGACUGGGCUUUCUUGACGUGGGCAUCAACAUGGUGGACCAUGUCCCAGAUAGUCCGUCCGGAGUAUUCUUUGACUUUGAUGACCCCCGUCAGUUAAUGUACGAUUCUGACUCGGAUCUAUGUUUUAGCAGUGUCAUGUAUGACGACAGCGAUGACACGUUCAUGUAUAUUUAGGUCAUGCACAUGUUGUUUCCUUUUCUUUGUUUACAUUGUCAUGCAAUGCUCAGUCAAACUCAACAUUGCUUAGUUUAUAUUCAAAUUUACUUAUGUUUUUAAAUUCCUUUUCGUUGUUUGUAACUGUUCGACUUAAUUACUGACCUUAAUUUUUUUUUUACUACAGACAACUUUGAUCAGUAUAGUGUUUUAUUCAAAUUUUGAGGACCUUUACUCUUUAUAAAUUAUAAAAUUAAUGUUCAAACAGCCAGGCUGAAAACCUAACAAGUUUCUAAAUACUUUGUUAAUUAUUAUUGCAAGAUGACUCACACAAUUUAUCCAAUCCUUUUGACUAGAGUUCACUAGCACAUUGGUUAAAUGGUAUUUUUAUGAAAAGAUAUAGAUGAAAUGAAUCUCAAAGUUGGACCAAAGCCUUUUCAUUUUACUGUAGCCAUUUAAAAAUAAGGAGGAAAAAAAGAUGACUUAAAAAAAAGAGAGC